AUGGCUCCCAUCCACACCUUAAGCCUCGCUCCGAGGAGCCCUGGCGCCGGACUCAGCGCCAGCGCCAGCACGCAGAACGCACACAACUACGAGAAGACCGUCGUCUGUAUAGUGGCCUCUUGCGCGUUCUAUGCUAUUCUGGGACUUACAAUCUACGCCUUCAUGAAUAGGUUCCGUCUUGUUCCCGAGUGGUACAAGAGCUCAGCCCGAAACCUUCAGUACAAGAUUAUGCUUAUCUUAUGGUUUCCUGCAAUCAUGAUCCUCUGGCCCUUGGCCAUCGCCCGGAUGAUCCCCUCCAAGUGUGAUCUUAAGAUCAUGGACAAGCCGGCCAGCUUCUUCAGAGAUGUCAAGACGAAGGGCAGAGCUUUGUGUCGCCGAGCUAGCGGGGACCCAAGGGAAGGGAUGGAGCUGGAGAGAUGGGAAGAGAUUGAACUCGAAGAGGAAAAUGCGAGAGGACUCAGAAACAACGCAACUCUUGGCAUUUUCGUCAAUCCCUUUGAUGACAGAGGUCGUUCAAGUACUCGGCGAUCAAGCGGAUCGACCAGCAACGAGCCGUCGCCCACGGAUUGCCGAGCCGUGCCUUUGACCUUGGAACUGCCGCCCAUCAGGUGGUAUGAGAAGCUCCCUUUGCCGGCGGAAUUGGGAGAUCUCAACCAGCCAGGCUCUAGCAGCAACGGUGGUAAGUCGUCAGCCGAGGGGACUAGGAGCUGUAGCCCUUACUCCGAAGACGUUAAUGGUCCGACAUCGAUGGCAAUUCCGUGUGAAAGCGUAGAAGCCUCUGCACCGCAUCCUCUUGGAAAGUCUAAGGCGACGCAGAAGUUGCAGACGAUUCCUGAGCAAAACGAGGAGGUUCAAGGAUGGGAGAAGAUGAUUCUCUGA